AUGAAAAGCAGUGCAAUAAAAGUAAACAAAGCAGUGAAGUGUCAGCUCGACCAAGAGCUCGAGUCGAGUAGAGGAAAGUACCAGCUCGAUCGAGUUUACGAGUUGAGGCUAAAGCCAACCCUUUCCCAAGGUGGAGGCUAUCAACCAAGGAAUGAUCUCAGAAACAGGGGGUUAGCCAGUGAGAAUCAAACCUUGGAGGCCAUUAGACCUCUAUGUCUAGAGCAAGAGAUAUUGGAGCUCUUAGUGGAUCUUUUCCAGCGAAUGCCAUCACUUUCGUGUGGGGAGUCGCCUAAGGACUUACAAGCCAGGGGUAGUGGUCAUGUAGCCUUAAGAUCUAUCCAAAAGAGAGAGAAUCUAGAUUAA